CACAAUCAUAUCACCAUGGGCGACACUACAGCCCUCGGUUCAGCGACAGCUGAGCAGCUCAACAAUGCAGAAACAAGAAGACUUCUCGAUACUAUUGAUGGCCUUCGAGAUUUAAGCAUCGCCGGCAUCGACCUGCCCCAGAUCAUCGUGGUGGGCGAUCAAUGCUCAGGCAAGAGCUCCGUUCUCGAGGCGAUAUCUCGAGUUCAUUUCCCCGUCAGCGAUGGCAUCUGCACUCGGUUUCCUACAGAGCUGGUGCUUCGAAGGGCGCCUAUAGACAGCACUGACUUGAGAAUUCGAUAUGCGACUGAUGUCGAUGCUGCUAAUCAACCGCGCAUGCCGUUUCAUGAGAGCGGAUUCCAAAGACCGGAACUGCCCGACAUCGUCAGCAGAGCAAAGAAGCACAUGGGCGUUUCCGAUGGAAAGACAACCGGCUUCUCCAAACAUGUUUUGCGAGUGGAAAUUUCCGGGCCAGACAUUCCCUCGCUGACUCUUGUUGACCUGCCCGGAAUAUUCCAUUCCGGGUCAUCUUCACAGCCUCAAGAAUGGAAGCCAGUCGUUGACAAAAUGGUUGAGGACUACAUGAAACAGAAAAACAGCAUCAUUCUCAUGGUCGUAUCAGCAGACCUCUCCUUGUCCAAGCAUGCAAUCCUCGACAUGGCCCUCAAGCAUGACACUGCAAGGGAGCGCACGAUUGGAGUCAUCACGAAAGUCGAUCUGUGCCCAGGGUCAAAUCUAGAAGAUGAAUAUCUGCGUCUCGCGAGAGGGCAAGAGCCCAGUCACCAGCUUCGCCUAGGUUGGCAUGUCUUGCGCAACCGAGGACCCAAAGAAGCAGAGCUGGACUUUGAUCAGAGAGACGCCGAAGAGGAAAAAUUCCUCAAAACAGGAGCAUGGUCUGCAUUACCUCUCGGCAACCGAGGUGUGGAAAGUCUUCGAAAAAGUCUUGGAGCAGCCUUGCUUAAGCAGAUCAAGAGCAGUCUGCCCGAACUCAUCAGAGAUAUUGAUGGCAAUCUGCAGAAUCGCCAAAGACGCCUCGCAAAGCUGGGAACAACGAGGACCACUUCCGACGAGAUGCGUGAUUAUCUUCUUAGCACAUCAACGGCUUUUCACAAAUUGGCAGAGCAUGCAGUGGAGGGAAGAUAUAAUGAUCCAUUCUUCGCUACCCCCUCAGACCCAGAAGCAAGCAGCAAGGUCAAAUUGCGCAAGUUGAGAGCAUUGCUUCGAAACUUGAAUUAUGUAUUUGACGUUACAAUGAGGGAAAAGGGAGCCAAGUACAAGAUGAACUGGGACGAACCUCAGCCCAGAGAGAACCCGUUGGAAGGUUUAACUGACGAGGAAAUGCUGGCCGAUGCCUUGGACAAUAUGCCUAUCAGUUCCGAUUCAUACUUCAACCUAUACGACUUUCCAGAUCCAGUGGUAGAAGACAAAGGUACAGCCUUUACCAGGAUAGAGUCACUCGCAUCGGAUAGUCAAGGCGCGGAGUUCUCUGGGCUACCGAGCAACGAUUUCAUCAUGCAGCUUUUCCGAGAUCAGUCUGAGCCGUGGCAACGCAUAGCUCAAUGCCACAUAGACAAUGUUGUAGAGAGAACGAGACUGUUUAUUUAUCAGAUAUUCGAUUACAUCUUGGAAGACGACGAGAGAACAAGAGACGCAAUCUUGACCGAGUGUGUAGAUCCGUUCUUCGAUUCCAUGAACAAUACUCUCAAGGACAAACUCGACGAAAUUAUGCGUCCUUAUACAUCCGGACAUGGAAUCCCGCUUGAGAUAGAAUUCCGAGCGGGAGUAUGGAGGCGCAAACUUAGGCGCAUGAAAUCCAAUUCUGCUGAUCUCCUUGAUCAAAAUUCUGUUGCUUACAAUACAACGGAGUACCGGAUGCUAAAGCCUGAAGAUGUUUUAAAUGUCCUAAUUCAAACCGAUACCAACGCUUAUAGCCAUUUCGGUAUUGACAUUGCCGUUGACAUGAUGUUGACACAUUACCAGAUGAGCCGGCGAACAUUCACGGACAACGUCGUCCACCUAGUUGUCGAGAAUUGCCUGAUCUCGAAGCUCCCCGACAUCUUGAACGCAAGAAUCGUCACACAAAUGAGCGACGAGAUUGUGAAGAGACUGGCCGAAGAGUCGGACGAGGUCAAAAGAGAAAGGAGCCAACUGGCGGACGAGAUUGAGAAAUUGAAGACGGGUUUGCAAAGCUGCCAGCGUUCUCGGCCGAGAGACUUUUCAGAUUUACCAGAAGCACUUGUCGAGAUGGCACCCAAGACAGAUGCGCCAAAGACAGUUGCACCAAAGACAGAUUCUCCCAAGACCAAGACAGACGCUCCUGAGACAGAUGUUUCUAAGAGAAAGAUUCGAGUCAAGCUACCUCCUGUUUCUCUGCCAGAGAGAAAAAUAGCUGGUCUGAACAGCAAGUUCCUAGCGAGCUUUGAACCCGCAGCUGCAUCUACGUCUGCAACCAACAGUGGACAAUCGACGACCGCUGAGUCCAGCAAGCAAGGCCAGACUUCUGCGAUUCCCGCUCCCGCUCCUGUUCCUCUUCCGUUUGGUAUGAGAAUGGAGCCUGCGACGGCUGCUCCUAAGUCGUCCAUCUUUGGUUCUACUACGACGUCAACGCCAACAGCUAAUGCUACAGAACUCCCUUCUUUUGGUUCCAACAAAACAUCGACGGCAACGACGACAACUCCUGUGUUUGGCUCAGUUUCUGCGUUAAAGUCUCCCCUUUCGGCUUUUGGCUCUGUUGCUGCAGCACAGGGUUCUGCUGCUAAGCUGCCGGUUUUUGGUUCGACAACUGCUGCAGCGACGACUUCUACAGCAUCGCCUUUUGGUUCGACGGCGACUAGUACUUCGAGGCUGUCAGCCUUUGGUUCGACGGCAGGGACUACUUCAACAACAUCAGCCUUCGGCUCAACAGCAGCGACCACUUCUACGCCGUCAGCCUUUGGUUCAACUGUAGUAACCACUCCUACGCCAUCAGCCUUUGGCUCGAUUGCUGCGAACAAUUCUAAACCGUCAGCUUUUGGCUCAGCUGCAGCAACUACUUCUACUCCAUCAGCUUUUGGUUCGACGGCGGCUAGUAUUUCUACGCCAUCAAUCUUGGGCUCAAUGACAACUACAACCCCUGCUCAGAUAAGCUCUUUCUUUGGCCCAAAGCCUGCCAUUCCCUCUACAAAGUCAUCAGUCUUUGGUUCAACAACUACAGCCCUUCCCUUUAACUCGGCAACCACAACAGCUUCCAUUAUCACACCGUCGGCUUUUGGUUCCAACACAACACCUGCCGUUGCUGCGCCAGCAUUCGGUUCUUCUUCUACAUCAUCACCUUUUGGUUCAACGGCAACCCCUCCGAGUCGCGGCGGCUUAUUUGGGAAGCCUUAUUCCAUUUACGAUCCUCCCGGCACGAAUAUUCUCACAUAUCGGGCUUAUCUUGAGCAAGACCCCGAUUUCUAUCCAGGGGACUUGGUACUCUCCUACCCCAACAUUGCGUUUCAUGGUUGUUAUAAGAGCUGGUGUGUUGAUGAAUUGAGAUUGGUAGAUUACGCGCAGGGCAGACGGCCGCCGGUAAAACAUAGCGCGCCGUUUGGAAGUUCUGGGGCGGCGUCUCAACCUCAAAGCCCGGAGGAGACAUCCAGUGAAUCGACCUCUCCCCCUUCGAGACUGAAUACGCUGUUUGGGGGGACUCCACCGCCAGUUCCUCCAAGGGGGGAUGUUGCUUCUGGGGGUACAUCGAAUGUGGUACUUUGAGUUGUCUAUUUGAUGGCUGUGUAGGUAGUUUUGUUAUUUGUCGAAGAUUUUGCGACAUUGUCCAAUUCCCGCAGAAUGUAAGAGAAUACGAUUUGCUUGUUGUUAAAUUAUUAUAUGUUCAUUACAGCUACGGAUUAGCAGGCCUGGGUUGUUAGACAGUAUUUCCCGAGUUGUAUUCUGAUCAUACAGAGUAGACAGGGGAAGAAUAUAUGGUCUAUCG